CACCACUCUCAAACAAACUUCUUUCUCUCUACGGAGCUCCACCACACUCAUUUUCACCACUCUUAACGACCAAUCUAUCUGAAAGUUUUAACCAUGCCCUAAAAGGAUGUAGAACGCUUCCGAUUACAGCACUUGUGAGAGCAACUUUCGAUAAAUUUGUUCAGCUUUUUGUAGAACGACGUAAUGCUGGUAUGAUGUGGAAUCAAAGUGGAUAUCAAUUUCCGGAAAAAAUCCGGAAGCAGAUUAUGGAUGGAUGGCAACAAAGGCGUCACACUGUUGUAAUCCCGCACAAUUAUCACAGUGGAGUUUUCUCAAUAGCCAUAGAAAAUGCAACUCCGGUUACGAUAGAUUUUUCAGGGCGCGACUGUGAUUGUGGCUGCUGGAGGAUGAACUGGAUGCCAUGCAGCCACGUGCAUGCUGUGUGUCACUUCCUCGACCGCCCUGUCAAUCAACUUAUUCCAGAAGUCUAUAAACUGACCUCUUACAUUAAUGCACAUGCGGGUGAUAUUAUGCCUUUACCAAAUAUGAAUGAGUGGCCUGAUAUUGGGAUCCAUCUUUUACCGCCAAAAUAUUUAUCACGAACUUCUCGAGUGGGGCGUCGUCAAGAAACGAGGUUUCAAAAUGAGAUGGAUAUGCGUCCAAGCAGAAGAAGAGGACAACAAUGAUUUCAUGUAUUUUUAAUAUUUCAGCGUUUUUAAUAAUUUCUUAUGAAGGAAUUGUACUUUUUAAGUUUUUAAUAACAAGUUGUUUCUUAUCAUUUCAAUAAAUAUUUCAAUUCAGA